GGCGAGAGAACGGCGCCCUUUCACCCUUCACCUCCCAGUCAGAUCCGCGAUCUUUUCGCCUCACAUGGCCGCUCUCUGUAUCGAAACAAAUGAAGAAUUUGAAAUAGAAGAAUGAGGAAAACGGUCGAAAAAGGGCAAAUUUAAUUUCCGUUUUCCCACUUUUUUCCCCUAAGGGCUAUUUUUCAAAAUACGUUCACAAAUAAUCAAACAAAUAAGGGCAAAACAUGGAUUACAGAACGUUCUGUCUCGUUUGGAGCGUACUGCAGAUAUACACAGAAAUUGUGGACGGUUUAAGGCUGGUUGAAGUCAGGAUCGACAAGCACACAGUGCGCGGUAACAGCACCGUACUUGAGUGCAGAUUCGACCUGCAAGGAGAGACUCUAUAUUCAGUCAAAUGGUACAAAGACGGACAUGAAUUUUACAGAUUCGUACCACGUGACACGCCCUCCGCACAGCUCUUUCCACUUCCGGGGGUACAUGUCAGACUCGAUAAAUCCAAUGAAACUCAAGUCGUUCUUUCCUCUCUGGACAUGUCGAGCAGCGGAAGAUACAGAUGUGAAGUGUCUGCAGAAGCUCCAUCUUUUCAGACCGUGUCCGACCACGGCGACAUGGUCACUGUCGCUUUGCCCGAGGAAGGUCCGAAGAUAUACGGCGGAAAGCCGCGAUACCAGGCUGGAGACAUCGUCAGGGUAAAUUGCACGUCGGGGAGGUCAAAACCGCCGGCUACCCUCACCUGGUACAUCAACGGAGAAUUGGCUAACGGCUCUUACCUGAGAGGACCGACCCUCAAGUACGAAGGGCGGGAAGGCUUGGUACGGACGACCCUCGGCCUAGAGUUCAGGGUGGAGCGUAGGCACUUUCGAAGGGGCGAUCUCAAACUCAAGUGCCUCGCGAGUAUAGCUACGGUCUACUGGAACUCGAACGAAGAAAGCGUGGAAGGUGAUCGGCCACAGAGGCCACCUGCACUUGAAGUCAAAGACAACCAACCUCACUCGUCGCGAGCCGACCGAGUACUCGCGUCUGUCGGAAGUAGAUGCAGCGUGUUGUGCAGCCUUCACAGCCUUUACAGCAUAGCGUUGGUCCUGAGCCCGCUCAAAUUGAGGUAGCUACGCAGCUGAGGCCGUCGAUCCCCCGUCUAGUCACCGUAAACGCCAAAAAAAUGAUACUCCGCUACAUAAAUUUGUUUAGUCAAUGGAAGACUGAUUUAUUUCAUUGCAUAUCCCCGGCCUUAUCCGAAAAUAUGGCCGAUUUUCCGGAAACCCCAUAAUUUGUUUCUGAUACGAAUGGGUCAACCCUCCCUUCCUCAUGUGAUAUCGUUUCGUAAUUAUCGUUCGGUGUGGACGUUGACGUUUCAAAUUUUUAUUUGACAGGCACGAGCGAUUAUUCAGGUGACAAAGUUUUGUAAAUAAAUUCUAAAACUGAAAAGUAGAUUGGACAUUUAAACGUUCGUUUAUUGCAAAAUAUUAUUUCAACAUGUACAGAUACACAAACUAUGGUGUUCCAUGACACGUCUCCUUAAUGUUCGCAUAAUGUUUAGAAAAUAAAAUCAUUAAAAUUAAUCUUUAAUACUUUUUUUUACACAUAAACGUAGAUUUAAAAAUAUUGAAAAAUUAAUUUAAUUCGAUUGCACUCUCAUCAGAAUAAUCAACUUUAUGGAUAAAAAAGUUCGUUCAUGUUGUAAUCCAUGUAUAGAGAAUAAAGGAUAAGACCUGGUGCUAUAUUACCUUAAUCCGUUUGUUGCUCAAUUUCUUAAUUGCUUACAGAAAGAAAAUGCGAACAUGAGGCAAACUGGAUCGAUUCAUUUCUGAGACGAUCUUUAAAAAGAAAACUCCCACUAACAAUUUUCUAGCUAUUAUUUGUACAAAACAUUUCCAAACUUACAAGUAUUCAAAUAUAUUUUCUUAAUUAAUAACUUAGACGGUUUCAAAUUUGAUGUUUUAAGCAUUUAAAAAAACAUGUGUUCUAAGU